UGAAACGUGAGCGAUACGGGGUCCAGGGAAGCAUGGAGGAAGGAAGGACGAAGCUGCCUCGGAGGGGCUGACUCUGAGCUUUAGAAGAAGAGAAGCGGGUAACUGAGGAGUGGAGCUGGAAGGAGGUUUCAGAGCGAGGAGCAGCAGAUGUAAAGCACAGAGGGCUGCCGGGAGACCUUCCCAGAGACCCACACAAAUGGUGCUGGGGCCUUGGCACUGGCUGAAAUCAGCUGGCAGAGCCCAUGUGGAAAGCAGAAAAGACCAUGACUUAUGACUGUCAUCUAUGGGAGCAUUAGUCUGGAAGAAUGGAGAUCAACAGAAAACUUCUAAUAUUAAUAAUAGAUUUUAUUUCCUGUAUGGAUCACAUAUGGUAUGUAUUAUUUAGGUCACUGUAAACCACUGGUGAGUAGUAAUGGCUUAAUUAUUAAUUUCUUAAUGGCGUCUUUCAAUGAGCAAAAGUUUUCUAAUUAUAAUAAAGUAUAAUUUAUCAUUUUUUUAGUUGUUGUUUUCUGUCACCUUCUAAGGGACCUUUAUCUAUCCCCAGGUUAGAAAGAUAUCCUCCUAUGUUUUUCUCUAAAAGCUUGUGGCUUUAGCUUUUAUGCUUACAUCUAUAAUGCAUUUUGAAUUAACUUUUGGUAUGUGUCAUAUACACACAACAUAGGUGAGUUGCAAAACCCUGAGUGGAAAAAAAAAUGCAAAGAAUACAUGCCAUGCAAUUCUACUUACAUGAAGUUCUACAGCAGGAAUAACUCCGCUAUGGUAAUAGAAAUCAGAACACCGGUUUCCUGGAUGGGAGAGAGUAGUGACACAAAGGGGCACAAGAAAAAAGUUACUGGGGUCAUGGAGACAUCCUGUAUCUUAACUGAAGUGGUAUUUACAUAGACAUGUACAUGUGUAAAAAACCCAAUGAGCUGUACACUUAAAUUGCAUGUGUUUUACUUCAUGUAAAUUGUACUUCAAUUAAAAAUGUAUUAUAAAAAAAAUCCCAAGUAAGGAAAAGAACUGCAAUGAUCCUAUGUUUUUUUUCCCUAAAUGGGACAAAAUCUAGUCCCUUGGUAUUGACAAAGAGAAGCUACUGGCAUAUGAAUUGUUAUGAUUACAAGUAUCUAAUUCUUUCAUCAUCAAAAGAGAAUCUGAUGACAUCAUCACUCCCAGAAGACUGAAAUAAUAAACAGGUAAACUGGGCAGUGCCGUAGAACCAAUACCAGGUUAUCUGAUUCAUGAUUUUUCAAAGGUCUCAGAAUGUCCUGCUUGAAAACAGCCCACUUGAGAUUUUCCACAUGUCUUCCCAAACAACCAUACUGUAAAUAUUAAGCCUCUAAGGAAGAAACUACAUAAAAGUCCUAUGUGAUCUUAGGAAAACAAAAGGAAAGGAUGAAAUAUGGAAGAAAAAUAAUUCAAUUGUUACUAUUUUUAUUGUUUCUCUGGGCUUUGCACAGACAGUAUCAUUUCAGCACAAAGAAACUACAGAAGGUACACCGGUGCUGGUUUGUGGAUACUCAAUCAAAAGAAUUAGAGCUAUCAGACUGGUUUUCUCCCAGUGAAUACAUGAACCUGUCUACCACCAGCUGGUCAGCUCCGGUUGUAUGGGAUGGCACUUUCAAUGAAGAAGUAUUGGAAGAGUAUUAUGAAAAACAUAAAAUUACUGUGGGAUUGACUGUAUUUGCUGUAGGAAGAUAUAUUGACUACUAUUUGAAGAAAUUUAUAUUAUCUGCAGAUGAGUUUUUUAUGGUUGGCCAUAAAGUCAUAAUUUAUGUCCUGAUAGAUGACUUCUCCAGGAUGCCUUGGAUACAGCUGCAUCCCCUCCGUUCGAUCAAAGUGUUUGAAAUUAAGCGAGAGAAGAGAUGGCAAGAUAUCAGUAUGAUGCGCAUGAAGGCUAUUAGUGAACAUGUUAUGGAUCAUAUCCAAUAUGAAGUUGACUUUCUCUUCUGCAUGGACGUGGAUCAAAUCUUCAUAAGGAAAUAUGGAUUGGAGACUCUGGGGGAGUCAGUAGCUCAGUUACAUGCUUAUUGGUACAAGCAAGAUCCUAUAGUGGUGCCAUAUGAAAGAAGUGAGUUAUCAGAAGCAUAUAUACCUUUUGGUAUGGGAGAUUUUUAUUACCACGCUGCUGUAUUUGGUGGCACUCCCAUUCAAGUUCUCGAUAUUGCCAGGGAGUGCUUAAAAGGAAUCAUGAAUGACAAGAAAAACAGCAUCGAAGCAGUGUGGCAUGAUGAAAGUCACCUAAACAAGUAUUUCUUUCUCCAUAAACCCACUAAACUCUUAUCACCGGAAUAUUGCUGGGAUUUUACUAAAACAGAUGUUCCUUUUAUUUACAAUAUCAAACUCGUUUGGGCUAAAAAGGAUUAUGAACAUCUUAGGGUGACAGUGUAAUUAUAUAGCACUUUCUUCAGGUUGCUGAAGUUAAGAGCAUCAUUUUGUCUUAUUCCUUAGGAAAUUAGCACUUGAUAAAUUUUACCACUAAAAAAAAAGAAUCACUAACAAAAUGGCAAGGCCACCAACACAGCAUACUCAUACUUUUCCUCAUAUUCAUUUUGAAUUGUAUAAGAUGGGAUAUAGCAGUUGCAGAAUGAAUGUAUUGACAUCAGAUGGAAAUACAGUGAUUUCAUAUCCUGUGUGAGUGUUGAGGAAAUAUUAUUUUUUGGAUCACAAUGAACAAAAUAGAAUCUCUCACAAGAAAAUGAAACCUGAAAUAUUUUUAUUGAUCCAUGUGGAUACACAUUUCUCAUAUUGCUUAAGAAAGGGGAUUGUCUAGAGGUGUGGAUAAGAAGUCACUGCAAGAAUAGUAAUAUUCUCUCUAUGUAAAACAUUAAAGACGUUUAAAGUUGCCACCAGAUGGACAGAUAAUUACUUAGGAAACUGAGUCAUUCAAAAAAAUUUGUGAAUUUGUAGUUUUAAAACUACAAAGUUGUUUGUUGUAAAAACUAAUUGAAAAGAAAAUAAGAUACAGAGAAAAUUGAAAGCCCCCCUUUACUCUCCCUUUGAAAACCUACCCUUCGGGGUGCCUGGGUGACUCAGUCAUUAGGCGUCUGCCUUUG